ACACUAGUUUUACCUAUAGUUUUCUGACUACGCCAAGCAUGGAUGCAGAUCCCCGUUAGUGUAGUCGGUGUUCAUCCUUUCCAUCUUAUGAUCAGACUUAAAGGACGUGCACUAGCAUGCAGCAUGCCUGUAGUUCCAUAGUUCGCUUGUGCCAUCACAGGCUGACACAUCUCAAUAUAUCCCCCUGCCACUCCUUAGUUGAUUGACAGCCGCACUGAGCACUGUCACAUGAGCAUGGAUUCCACAGGAAGAAAUAAAUAAAAUGCCCAGAUUUUCCAUUCUCCUCAUACAUCCCUAUUUGUCAUCCAGCAGCAGAUACCUGGAUGUCUCUUAUGUAACCACGUCCCCACCUUGCAGAAGAGGCAUCAGGACAGAGGCCUGCGGUCACGUGACCGCUGGAUUCAAAUCCAUUUGAGAUGCACCCACUGGGACUUUGCAACAACAACGAUGAGGAAGAUUUGUACGAGUAUGGCUGGGUUGGGGUGGUGAAGCUGGAACAACCUGAAAUGGAUCCAAAGCCUUGUCUAACUGUCCUGGGGAAGGCAAAGCGCGCCGUUCAGAGAGGUGCUACAGCUGUUAUAUUUGAUGUCUCAGAUAAUCCUGAUGCUGUGGAACAGUUGAAUCAAGGCUUGGAGGACCCGUUGAAAAGGCCAGUUGUGUACAUGAAAGGCAUGGAUGCUAUUAAACUUAUGAACAUCGUCAACAAGCAGAAAGGUGCCAGAGCGAGGAUUCAGCACCGGCCUCCUCGGCAACCUACUGAAUAUUUCGACAUGGGUAUAUUUCUGGCCUUUUUUGUUGUGGUAUCCCUGGUCUGCCUUAUUCUUCUUAUCAAGAUCAAAUUAAAGCAGAGAAGAAGUCAGAACUCUAUGAACAGGAUGGCUGUUCAGGCACUGGAAAAAAUGGAGACCAGAAAAUUCAAAGCAAAGGGCAAAGUGUCCCGAGAGGGUAGCUGCGGUGGCCUUGACACACUUAGUAGCAGUUCCACCUCUGACUGUGCCAUUUGCUUGGAAAAAUACAUAGAUGGAGAGGAGCUGAGAGUCAUUCCUUGCACACAUCGGUUUCACAAGAGGUGUGUGGACCCCUGGCUUUUACAGAACCACACCUGUCCUCAUUGUAGGCACAACAUUAUAGAACAAAAGAAAGGAGGUCAUGGUGCCAUAUGUGUGGAGAGUACAAGCAAUCAUAGCCGGCAUCAACAGCAGCAGAGAGUCAUUCUACCAGUUCAUUAUCCAGGGCGCGUGCAGAGGACUGGACCCAUUUCUGCAUACCCAACUCGCACCAGCAUGGGCCCACAUGGCAAUCCCAUCACGGUACUUACUGUGGAACGCCCAAUGGAGCCCGAACUAUGCCCUGCCCGGACACCUACUUUUCUGGCAGGAUACAGACCUGUAUCACUGGAUCAGUCACCUACAGGACAUCAUUGUGACCUGGAGCACCCUCCUUUUCCAGACCCACAGGCUAGCCAUGGCUUCCGCCGUUCUAAAUAUAGUGGGAGAGGUUUUAAUACUGCCACUUGUUAUUCUCAAUAUGAGACCAUGUAUCAGCACUACUACUUUCAGGGUCUGAGCUACCCACACCACCAGGAAUCCAUAGGGGGUAGCCAGAACUCUAGAGGAGUAGAAAAGGGCAUAAACCAUCCCUUUCAGACCGGUACCAACUUGUUAUACCAGCCUGCACCUGCCAUGAUCCACAUGGCACCACAUUCGGCUGGUGGGAGCUGCUACCUACACAGCCAGCAUCAACAUCGUUCUGUAUGCAGUGGCUAUUUGGCUGAUGUCCCAUGCAGUGACAGUAGCUCCAAUUCCAGUGCAAGCUCUGCGCAGGGGCAUGCAUCAUCUAGUGACUCCAUGCUAGACUGCACAGAAGCUAGCAACCAAGGAGUGUAUGGUAGUUGCUCCACCUUUCGAAGCUCUCUUAGUAGUGACUUUGACCCUUAUGUAUACAGGAGUCACAGCCCUGCAAGGACUGGAGGAGGGGAGGCUGCAGGUUUUGGGGGGGAAGCUGGAACAGGACCUGGAAGAGGUAGAGUGGACUGCAAACCUCCUCAAACCUUUCCAAAUUCUUCCUCCCGGGAUCGCCUGUCCAGCUGCAGCUUGGAGAUGAAUUACAGCAGCAAUUCUUCACUGGAAAGGCGAGGGGCAGCCUUGGUUUCUGGGGUAGUCCCAGAUACUUCUUGCUUCAUCUCACAAGGAGGUGGAAGAGACUGGCGGGGGCCUGACAAGGGCUGCCCUUGUUGCUAUCAGAGGCCGACUGGGGAUCCCAGUCCAGAAUGCACAAACUUGUACGUGGGUCCAGAAACUCAGCAGGCAGCUGCCACACCCUCCAGUGGAGGCUUGUACAGUGUUACCUCCAGCCUUUUACAUCGGACAGAUCCAGGGACAGUACUAGGUCACUCUGCCCGGCCCUGCUGCCUCUAUGAGGAGAAUCAUGGAAGCUGCUACACUGAGGACUAUGCAGUCAGCAUUCAGUACGCACUGGCAGAGGCUGCAGCGGCAGCUGCUGCUGCUGCAGUAGCUGGAUGUGAGCCUGGUCAACCUAUCCCCAUCAUUCCCGAGGACCCAGGCUGUGAGGGUGGCCUGGACUGUGUGGGACAUGUCAUCUGGGAGAUGGAGGGUGAUGAUGAAAAUGAAGAGGAGGUACUGUACUGCCAAGAAGGACCUAGCUGUACGUUGGUAGAGGAGACCCGUGCGCUCUGUCGAAGCGCAGGAACAGAGGGAGCUGGAAAUCUCACAGGCCAAGACUGCCACCCAAAAGAAAAAGACUAAGGAUUAUGGGUACAGACCUCUAGGACUAGAAUGGAACUUAUGGGAUCUUUAAUAAACGUUAUUUAUAAGAAGAAAUAAAUCACAAUUGUUUCGGUUUUACCAACAAUUGGUCGUAAAACUCACAACCUUCUGGAAUUCACCACAUCAUACAACCACUUUUACUUGCUUUAUUCCUUGGACUCAAAAGUCUGAGCAUCUGUGUUAUUGUUUAUUUUUUUUUAUUUUUUUUUAUCAUUUAUUUUAUAAAUAUAUAUAAAUAUAUAUAAAUUUAUAUAUAUAUAUUAUUUUUGGUUGCUGUUUAGAACUUUUUCCUUGUGAGUUUGUACAUGCACAAGAUCUGUUUUCCUGAUGAAAAAGAGAUAUAUAUAUUUUUUCAAUAAAAUAAACAAGAAAAUAUUAA